GAGCGGUGCGAGUGCGGAGCUUGAUAGGAAUCAAUUCAUAUGAAAGGUAAGUUGAACACCUUCUGCAACGUGUUUUUGUUAAGUUGAUUAACAAAAUGUAUAGCAUGCAUACUGAACAUGAAUAUGACACUUUACGUAAGGUUAUGUACCACUGAAAUCUGGCUCACAUAUGUAUGUGUCUCUAUAGUUCCACUGCGGCCAGCAAUUUAAGGUCUUUCCUGAAAUCUGAUAAUGUGGUCUUCUUCUAAUUUACAGUUCCAUCUUCAUCUAAUAUGUUUCAAAUUUCACAAUAUGGCUAUGGCGUUUUUGUGUUGGUGGUUUAUUUUUUUGUGUUGGUGGUUUCUCAAGGAUCCUCUUCCCAACCUGGUGAGUAUAGACCAAUGUGUAGACUAACUAACUAGGCUAAUGUAUUGAAAUGUCUCUUCUCACUCCAUAUUCACAAUAUUCAAAUCUUUUUUCUUCCCUGGAUGUUGAGUAAGUCUUUGAAAUAGAACACGUUUUGUGUAUUACAGUAUUACAGUAUAAACAAUAGUCAUGUUUAUUGGUAUUCCAAUUACAAGUGAUGCCAUUUUGUGCUCAAUUUGCUGAAUUUUCUAGGUCUAUUGUUGAUUAACAUGCCAAAUAAAAUACCUAUAUAUGCUGUAAUGUGUUACUUUUUGACUGAUAUUACAUUUGCAUGUUCUAUUUUUGAUCUAUUUCCUCAUAUACAUUGACAACAGCUUUCAUGAUGGUGGACUAUGUAACUUUUUGUUGUCCAGUGGUGUUCUUGGCAAACAAUUUAGUACUUAUUACUAAAUUAUAUUACAUUAGUGUAUAUUGUCAUUAGGACUGUUUCAUAAUUUAAUGAUCAUGAAAGUGUUUUUUGUGUUUAGUUUGUAUUAAGCUGAAGAAACUUCAGUAAGUCAUGGAAUACAGUUCAGGGAUCGCAUCAACUGUUUGUUUCAGAUUUUUUAUUUUACCUUUAUUUAACUAGGCAAGUCAGUUAAGAACAAAUUCUUAUUUUCAAUGACGGCCUAGGAACAGUGGGUUAACUGCCUGUUCAGGGGCAGAACGACAGAUUUGUACCUUGUCAGCUCAGGGAUUCGAACUUGCAACCUUUCGGUUGCUAGUCCAACUUCUCUAACCACUAGGCUACCCUGCCGCCCCAGAUUGUAUGGCUGUUUGUGAGAAGUUCCAAAAACCGCCUGCAUCAAAGCCAACUCGUGUGGGUGGAAAAAGUAAGUAAGCCUACAAAAAAAUCUAACAGUAGGUUCAACUAUAUUUUAACUCGAUUUAUUUUACCCUGUUUCUCUCGCAAGAGAAACAGAGUACAUGUGAAACUCAUCUGUGCUAAAUGUCUUGCCAUGCUUUUUUGCCAUGCUUUUCAGAAUGUGAUUCUGACGACUCUGGACAGACUUUUGCAAAUAAUAACCUGAACUCUGUUGAUGAAUUUAUCACAAAAUGUCAAGGAAAGGCAAAAACAAUAAAGAAUUGUCAGCAGUUGCUUUCCAUAAAAAAGUGAGUCCACUUAUAAUUUGAACUGAAAUCAGGGCCGGCCCUAGCCUUUUGGGGGCCCUAGCCUUUUGGGGGCCCUAUCCUUUUGGGGGACCUGAGCAAAAUUGCGUUGCUUAUGUCACUUAUGCCUAUGGCCGGCCCUGACUGAAAUGUAUUUUUACUGUAAUUUGAGCUAUGUCAAUAUCUGACUGAAAGCUAAACAUAUUUUCAUGGAUUGGUUUUGGGCUCGAUUAUUCAUAACUGUGAUUUAUAUUAUUGCCUACAACAGCACAUUUCACAACAUUACCAAGCAGGGACCUCAGAAAGUGAACCUAGACAGCAUCAAAGGCUCGGUGACAUCACAUAAGAAGAACAAAUUGCUAAACUUUAGAAUGGCUCUACCCUCCACCAAUAAUGCCACGUUGGAGGAGAUGGAUGACAUUUGGUUGGAGAUUCCUACUGAGGCUUUGAAUGCUAUUCUGGGAGACACGAAACAGGAAGUUAACCUGGGAGUAUUUUGGUUUGAGAAUGAAAGCCUGUUCCCGGUGGAGGAGAAUAACACUGAGCUCCUAAACAGUCGAGUGGUAUCCGUCGAUGUGGGAGAGGACAUCUCAGGCCUCAGUAACUAUAUGAAGAUCACGUUCCGCUUCCAGAAUGCAUCAGUGGAAAAUAAAUCACUAGCAUGUGUGUUCUGGGAUCUUGAAAAUGAUACUGUUGCACAUUGGAAUUCAUCUGGAUGUGUCACUGAGACAAAGGCAAAUGAAACAGUGUGCUCUUGUAACCACCUUUCAUUCUUCGCUGUACUUAUGUCUCCGGGCAGUGUCUCCAGUGCCAGUCUGAGCCCCUCCUCUGUGUGGUUGCUGACGUUGUUGUCCAGGGUGGGCUGUGGAAUAUCCCUCUGUUUCCUGUGUCUGGCUCUCCUCAUCCACCUCAGACGGGGUAAAUCUGAUGAUUCCCUGUGCAUCCACAUCCACCUGUGCGUGGCGCUUCUGUGCCUCAACCUAACCUUCCUCAUCAACGACAGCCUAGCCUCUCUCGAUGUCCAUGGCCUGUGUGUUGCUACUGCAGCAGCCACCCACUACUCCCUGCUGUGCACCCUCACCUGGUUCUCCCUGGAAGGCUUCCACCUCUAUCUGCUCAUCAUCCGGGUCUUCAACAUCCACGUCAACAGAUACCUCCUCAAACUGGGCCUGGUAGGAUGGGGAAUACCUGGCAUAGUAGUUAUCAUAAUUGUUGCUUGUGGCAAAUAUGGAGAAUACAGAAUAUACCAGCAAGACGGUGGUGCUAUUCAAAUGUGCUGGCUGACUGACUCUACUCUGACCACGGUGUCCUUCUCGUACUUCGUGCUGACAUUCGCGGUGAACAUGCUGUGCUUUGGGUCUGUGACAGUGAAGGUGGUGAGGGCCCACCGUCAGAGUCCUGUCCUGAGGGAGAGGGGUAUGAACAGGGGGACAGUACUCAGUCUGCUGGGUCUGGCCUGGCUCCUGGGGAUCUCCUGGGGGGUCCUGCUCUUCCAGUUUGGUCCCCUGAGGGAGACAGCCUACUACAUCUUCUGCACGAUCAACUCUCUCCAUGGCCUCUUCCUCUUUCUACGCUAUUGGGCUUUAACUCGGCCAGAGAAGGCAUCUAUCUCCAUGGCAACCACUGUAUCUUCUUGAACUGAGAUGCAGCCAGCUGAGAGGCCAGUCCCCGACUAACACGGUUAAACAUUUUACUACUAAUACCACUGCUUCCAUUUUAUUACCACAGAAGCACAAUAUUUAGUAUGUUGGUUUAUAACUUUCACUAUAGGCAAACCUAAACAUACAUUAUAAAGCGUAAUUACAAAAUUAAAACUUGUUUCCAGGUUUCCACGUAAGCUUACUGUGCUCAUAAUACUUCUUUUUUUUCCAAAGUUGUGCUGUUUAUUGCACUUUGUGUGCAUUUUGUUGUAUUUUGUGACAUACCUUCCAUGCAUAUUCAGUUUUGAUGUGUAUAGUCCUAGGCAAACAAGGAACACAUCUAUGAGGUUCAAAUGAUUUUCCUCUCUGAAAAUAAUCAAAUACGUUUGGAUACCCACUCUAUCACUCACCAUCGUGCACGAGGGUAAGAUGGAGUGGUCGACUGUGAAUCGGUGCCUUUCUGUUUCUUUGAUUGUUAUCAAAAACCCUUUGAAAGAUAUGCCCUUUUUUAGUCCAUCUAACAUUUUGGAGAAUUUUUGAAUUCCGCCUUUGGUUUUUGCAGAAUAGGCAUACAGUAUAUAGCCUCCUAGCCUAUGGGUUACCUGAGAGAACAUUAGGCCUACAAGUAGAUAGUACCUUAGCAUAACACCAUAUUUGCAGGGAUGGGAAAUCAAUGUUUAGAAAUGGACAUUUUUAGAUUGUGUAAACUUUUUCUUUGUGUAAAUAAUUUAUGUAAAUAAGAAUUCCAUAAUAAUUUGAAAGGGGGAGAUGCCUCACAAGCCUCUCUGGGGUUUUCUACCUCUCCUGCACAUGCUAUUUUUUGUUUUCCUUUUACUUUGUGAUCAUACUGUUUUGUAUUUUCUUGUGUGUCAUUUUUUUUUUUUAAGAAAUAGAUAGCCUAUAGGCCUACUGUGUCAUUGAUAUUGAGGGGGUUCAAUUGAAACCUAUGACUACUUUCACCCUUCCCAAACAUCAAAAUCAUUAUGUGGAAAUAUACUGCUGCCUUUUGGAAGACGAGGUAAAGGUUUAGUGUGAACAGAAUAAAAGAAUGACGAAACCCAACCCGAGCAAAGAGGAGCUACAAUCUCUGAAAAAGCUACAGUCAGAACCAACCAUUGCAAUUCGACAGGCGAAUUUCAAACACAAUUGAUUGUUUCUGAAUUCAAAAGACAAUUGUCAUACCAACACGUCUACAUGCCACUGCCCUCUGACCCCAAUUUCCACCUACAAUGAACAGAUCAAAGAGACAUUGUUCGAAGGAGUCAAUCAUAACAUCGUAGAUGAAAAAGCACGAGCAUUUUUGUAUGUCCCACACACCUGCACCCCCCUGUACUACAUGGUGCCUAAGCGACACAAGAAUCUGGACAACCCUCCGGGCAGACCCAUUGUGUCAGGGAUUUGGAGCAGAAGUGAGAACAUCUAACUUUAUCAACCAUCACCUGAAACAAGAAAAAAUAUAUAUAACUCAAAGUCAGGUGACUGUAAAACUCUUGACUGACAUUGAUACCAGAACAGGUUUUCUUAGUCUAUUUUGACAAUCUCUGUACACAGUCAUUCAUGGUUAACUAGGAAUAGAAUUUGAGUUUAUGUGUUAGUUUAUUCACCCAACCUUUUUAAAACACUUGCUGAGUAAAAUUACAAAUUCAUGUUUGGCUUUGAAAGGCAACACUGUAAAAAAAAAAAAAAAAGCCAAAUUAAAGGAGAAGCUCUUUUUUUUCAACGUUUAUGAUGUAAAUGGAGUGUUAUAGAAGGAAAGGGUCGAGACACUUUUUUGAGAUUUCACUUGUUUUUGAGAAACUUAGGGAAAGAUAUGCAAUAGGCUGACUAGCAAUCAUGAAAAAUUGCUAGUAAAGUUCUGAAGUUUGGGCAGUGUGUGGGGGAGGGAGCCUGAGGCUUGAUCUAUGGUAAACUACAUAUAGUAAGUUCUGUCAAAUACAAAACUGGUGAUGCAGUAAAUUAUCUUGGAUUUGUCUAGCAAAUUCAGCGCAGUGGCCGAGGGGCCUGUGAUAUGACAAAGUUGUAAGCCACAUUAAAUCAUUCAAAUCUGCACAAUUUUCGAAAUAAAUCCUGAAGAUAGAGGAAUAGCUGAUAGGCAGCGGAGAGGCCAUGUGCGUCAUUACGUAUGCAAGAACAGUAAAGACACGCAGCUCAAAAAGCUCCCCUAUUGAUCUUGUUUAGGGAUAAUAAAAAGAUCCUAAAGCAUUACAUUUGGAUCAGUUGUGGGUCUACUCUGGGCAUUAUAGAAAGACACUGUAGCAGGCCAGUCUGUAUUUUUGCUGAUCUUCAUUCUCCCGUCGACGUUCAGAAAGUAUUUACACCUUUUGACUUAUUUUACAUUUUGUUGUGUUAAAUCCUGAAUUCAAAAUGUAUUAAAUGUGGGGGGACAUUCACCCAUCUACACACAAUACCAAAUAAUGACAGAGUAAAAAAAAGAUGUUUUUAGAACAUUUUGAAAAAAAAAUGUAAUAAUAAUAAUACAGAAAUAUGUAAUUUACACAGGGGUGCAAGAUUGCUACACAAUCUAACAUGACCCAUGGUCCUUCUAGCCGUCUCUAAAGGAAAAAUGGCCACAGUCAUCUAGCUACAGUAGGUAAGAGAUGAUAUGUUUAUAUGAUUGAUAAGACUGAACUAGAUCAAAGGUAAUUCAAUAAUCAAGAUUGUGUUGCACCUUUAACCAAUAGCCUAACCAAUGAACAACUCUCAACCCUCAUGCUGUGUUCCGGUCGAAUUGGACCGAUUUACAAGUUUUCUCUCUGGAAAAUGUAGUUCAUUUCAUCUGAUUGUCAUGAGGUUCCAUGACUAUGUCCACACAGGGCAUCUGAACACACCAAAUACAUUUUGAUGAUUUUCAUAACAUUUUGGGUGUUUUAUCUAACUUUUGUACACCUGUGGUGUUCCUGGUCAAAAAUGACUGGUUAUUAGAACUGUAUGGGUGAGACUACAAUUAGUGUAUAAAAUUUAGUUCAGGCAGAUACCCAUUCAUCAGAUGGACACACUUCCUCUCCCAGACCCCCACAUGCAAUUGUGUUUGAGCGUGCACACACACACACACACACACACACACACACACACACACACACACACACACACACACACACACACACACACACACACACACACACACACACACACACACACACACACACACACACACACACACACACACACACACACACACACCUCACUCCCCUUCUUGGCUUCCAAGAAGGGGAGUUCCCCACGGGAACCUUUCCCCAAUAGAAUCGAUCCCCCACGGGAACCACACCUGCUGGCAUUCUCACAAACAAUCUCAACAUUGUUUCAAUAAUAUAUAGAACUUUUCUAGCAGCUCUGGAAUAUAAAGCUUUUUCAAGACCUUGCUCACCAUUCAUUCUGUGGCAUCACAAUGACCAAAUUAUAUACUAUAUGUGAUAUAUACUCUAGGCUCUUGAUCAUAUCUUUGAUCAUGACACUGGUGAGGAGGAGAGAGUCCUUGUUAAGCUUUGACACAAAGUAGUCUGUGAUAAAUAGCACAAUAUGUUUCAUCUGAUGUAUUUGUUAUAGUCAAAAUAAUCCAUACAUUAUGCUUUUUUUACUGAAAAACAAGUUGUAUGAGCCAUGGUCAAUGAGGCCUACAGGCCAUAAAUAGCAAAUAGAAGUUCAAAACGUGUAAUGUUCACAAGAACUUAAGUUGAUAAAAAGAUCUAACACAACAUUAGGUGAUAAUAUAUGUAUUAUUAUGAAUUUAUAAUCAGCUAUAAGGGGGCGGUCAGUUUGGACCGGGAACACACAAUGAAUAAACAUGAAACGAACACAACAGGAGGGCUAAGACAUCCUCUAUUUCAAAUUUCAGUCAGACCACCCAGCCAGCCCGAGCCGCCUGCACGCCCGACCCACACCAGUCUAGUCAAUAACUAAAUUCUUGCCCCAACACAAUUUCCUUCCCACCUUUUAUUGCCCCAGGGAAAGUUUUGGGAAAAAAAGUUUACAAAAAAAACUAUUUUUGUCAUACUGUAUUCCACAUACGGCAUUCAGACCUUAUGAAAGUUUCCCAGUGUAGCCUUCAUUUUGUACUGAAACAAAGCUAGUGAUACGUAACUUGACAUUCCUGCCAUCCAUUGUGACAUUGUGGGAGGAUAAGCAACCUUCCAAUUAUUGGCAAUGCGUUUCUUAGCCGCUAUAAAUGCUAGUUUACACAGUUUCUUCUGAUAACAGUCUCCAGUAUGAACAUUUCAGUACAAAUGAAAACAGGGAGAAGGGAGAAUCUGUAGACAUGCUAAGAUAAAAGAACAUCCUCCUUGCUGUCACGUCCUGUCCUUAGAGAUCCUUUUUAUGUCUCUAUUUUGGUUUGGUCAGGGCGUGAGUUGGGGUGGGUAUUCUAUGUUCUAUGAUUUGUAUUUCUUCGUGUUUGGCCGGGUGUGGUUCUCAAUCAGAGGCAGCUGUCUAUCGUUGUCUCUGAUUGAGAACCAUACUUAGGUAUCCCUUUUUUCCACCUGUUUUGGUGGGAAGUUGACUUUGUUUAGGGCACAUAGCCUUUAGGUUCACGGUUUGUUUUUGUAGUGUUUAUUGUUUUGUUCGGUGUCAUGUACGCUCACCACGCUGCACCUUGGUCCUCUUUUGUCGACAGCCGUGACACUUGCCAGAAUUCAGCCAGCCUUCAGCCAGCCUUCACAAGACCAUAACACAUGCAAAUAGAGGGAGCCCAAAAAGUAUUGGGACAGUGACCAUUUUUGUUGUUUUGGAUCUACUCUAGCACUUUUGAAAUUAUACAAUCACUAUGAGGUUAAAGUGCAGACGGUCAGGUUUAAUUUGAGGCUAUUUUCAUCUGUAUCAGGUUUAGAAAUUACAGCACUUUUUGUACAUACAGUCGUGGCCAAAAGUUUUGAGUGACACAAAUAUUAAUUUUUACAACGUUUGCUGCUUCAGUGUCUUUCGAUAUUUUUGUCAGAUGUUACUAUGGAAAACUGAAGUAUAAUUACAAGCAUUUCAUAAGUGUCAAAGGCUUUUAUUGACAAUUACAUGAAGUUGAUGCAAAGAGUCAAAAUUUGAAGUGUUGACCCUUCUUUUUCAAGACCUCUGCAAUCUGCCCUGGCAUGCUGUCAAUUAACUUCUGGGCCACAUCCUGACUGAUGGCAGCCCAUUCGUGCAUAAUCAAUAUCUGGAGUUUGUCCAAAUUUGUGGGUUUUUGUUUGUCCACCCGCCUCUUGAGGAUUGACCACAAUUUCUCAAUGGGAUUAAGGUCUGGGGAGUUUCCUGGCCAUGGACCCAAAAUAUCGAUGUUUUGUUCCCCGAGCCACUUAGUUAUCCCUUUUGCCUUAUGGCAAGGUGCUCCAUCAUGCUGGAAAAGGCAUUGUUCGUCACCAAACUGUUCCUUGAUGGUUGGGAGAAGUUGCUCUCGGAGGAUGUGUUGGUACCAUUCUUUAUACAUGGCUGUGUUCUCAGGCAAAACUGUGAGUGAGCCCACUGCCUUGGCUGAGAAGCAACCCCACACAUGAAUGGUCUCAGGAUGCUUUACUGUUGGCAUGACACAGGACUGAUGGUAGCGCUCACCUUGUCUUCUUUGGACAAACUUUUUCCAGAUGCACCAAACAAUCGGAAAGGGGAUUCCUCAGAGAAAAUGACUUUACCCCAGUCCUCAGCAGUCCAAUCCCUGUACCUUUUGCAGAAUAUCAGUCUGUCCCUGAUGUUUUUCCUGGAGAGAAGUGGCUUUUUUGCUGCCCUUCUUGACACCAGGCCAUCCUCCAAAAGUCUUCGCCUCACUGUGCAUGCAGAUGCAGUCACACCUGCCUGCUGCAAUUCCUGAGCAAGCUCUGUAAUGGUGGUGCCCUGAUCCCACAGCUGAAUCAACUUUAGGAGACGUCCUGGCGCUUGCUGGACUUUCUUGGGCUCCCUGAAGCCUUCUUCACAACAAUUGAACCGCUCUCCUUGAGGAUUGCGAUGCUACGAUAAAUGGUUGAUUUAGGUGCAAUCUUAAUGGCAGCAGUAUCAUUGCCUGUAAAGCCCUUUUUGUGCAAAGCAAUGAUGACGGCACGUGUUUCCUUGCAGGUAACCAUGGAUGACAGAGGAAGAACAAUGAUUACAAGCACCACCCUCCUUUUGAAGCUUCCAGUCUGUUAUUCGAACUCAAUCCGCAUGACAGAGUGAUCUCCAGCCUUGUCCUCGUCAACACUCACACCUGUGUUAAUGAGAGAAUCACUGACAUGAUGUCAGCUGGUCCUUUUGUGGCAGGGCUGAAAUGCAGUGGAAAUGUUUUUAGGAGAUUCAGUUCAUUUGCAUGGCAAAGAGGGACUUUGCAAUUAAUUGCAAUUCAUCUGAUCACUCUUCAAAACAUUCUGGAGUAUAUGCAAAUUGCCAUCAUACAAACUGAGGCAGCAGACUUUGUGAAAAUUUAUAUUUGGGUCAUUCUCAAAACUUUUGGCCACGACUGUAGUCCCCUUAAUUUAGGGGACCAAAAAUAUUGGGAAAUUCACUUGUACACUACAUGACCAAAAGUAUGUGGACACCUGCUCUUCGAAUAUCUCAUUUCAAAAUCAUAGGUAUUAAUAUGUAGUUGGUCGCCCCUUUGCUGCUAUAACAGCCUCCACUCUUCUGAGAAGGCUUUCCACUAGAUGUUGGAACAUUGCUGCAGGGACUUGCUUCCAUUCAGCCACAAGAACACUAGUGAGGUCGGGCACUGAUGUUGGGCGAAUAAGCCUGGCUCGCAUUUGGCGUUCCAAUUCAUCCCAAAAGUGUUCGAUGAUGUUGAGAUCAGGGCUCUGUACCGGCCAGUCAAGUUUUUCCACACCAAUCUCAACAAACCAUUUCUGUAUGGACCUCACUUUGUGCACAGGGGCAUUGUCAUGCUGAAACAGGAAAGGGCCUUCCCCAAACGUUUGCCACAAAGUCGGAAUCACAGAUUUAUCAAGAAUGUCAUUGUAUGCUAUGGUGUUAAGCUUUCCCUUCACUGGAAUUAAGUGGCCAAGUCCGAACCAUGAAUAAUUGCCCCAGACAAUUAUUCUUCAUCCACCAAAAAUUACAGUUGGCGCUAUGCAUUCGGGCAGGUAGCAUUCUCCAGGCAUCCACCAAACCAUGAUUCAUCCAUCGGACUGCCAGAUGGUAAAGCGUGAUUCAUCACUCCAGUGAACACGUUUCAAUUGCUCCAGAGUCCAAUGUCGGCAAACUUAACCCCACUCCUGGCGACACUUGGCAUUGCUCAUGGUCGUCUUAGGCUUGUGUGUGGCAGCUUGGCCAUGGAAACCCAUUUCAUGAAGCUCCUGACAAACAGUUAUUGAGCUGAUGGUGCUUCCAGAGGCAGUUUGGAACUCAGGAGUGAGUGUUGCAACCGAGCACUGCACUCGGCUGUCCUGUUCUGUGAGCUUCUGUGGCCUACCACUUCGCGGCUGAGCCGUUGUUGCUCCUAGACGUUUCCACUUCACAAUAACAGCUCUAGCAGGGUAGAAAUUUGACGAACUGACUUGUUGGAAAGGUGGCCUAUGACGGUCCUAUGACGGUGCCACUUUGAAAGGAACUGAGCUUUUCAGUAAGGCCAUUCUACUGCCAAUGUUUGUCUAUGGAGAUUGCAUGGCUGUGUGCUCGAUUUUAUACACCUGUCAGCAACGGGUGUGGCUGAAAUAGCCUAAUCAACUAAUUUGAAGAGGUAUCCACAUACUUUUAUAUAUAUAGUGUAUCUUAAACCGAUGAAAGCUGAAGAGAUCCAGGGACCCUUCCAGCUCAGGGCCGUAACUACGCUUAAAAAAACAUAAACGCAACUUGUAAAUUGGUGGUCCCAUGUUUAAUGAGCUGAAAUAAAAUUCCUAGACAUUUUACAUUGGCAGAAAAAGGUUAAUUUUGUUUGUGAGCAUUUCUCCUUUGCUAAAAUAAUCCAUCCACCUGACACGUGUGGCAUAUCAACCACCUGAUUAAACCGCAUGAUCAUUACACAGGUGCACCUUGUGCUGGGGACAGCUGAUGAAACUGAGGAGUACUUCUAUCUGUAAUAAAGCCCUUUUGUUGGGAAAAACUCAUUCUGAUUGGCCCCUGCCCAGCCAUGUGAAAUCCACAGAUUUGCCUAAUUUAUUUAUUUCAAUUGACUGAUUCCCUUAUAUGAACUGUAACGCAGUAUAUUUUUGUAUAGCCACUGCGCAUUAUGUUUGAGUCGCAACAACAAGCAAUUACAUUUCUCAGUAAACGUAUUCUCUUUUAUCUGAAGUUGUGUCCACAUUUUUGUGUUGUAGUGUCUUUUGAGCAUAGUGUGACUGGUAGCUAGCCUAGUAGCAGAUCUGACCUUUAGCAAUCUUCUCUGGUUUGUUUGUUGUCAUGGCAAAAAUAUUGUGACAAUAGAUGAAUGAAUAAGUGGGAGAGCAGGCCAACGUUUCUGAAAGCUUUUUCAGUUUGAUUAUAUAAACUUUAGGCAAGGAUUUAAGGACUAAUAAAUUCAUUGAAAGUCUGUCGGAAUUAAUUUUCCGGUCAAGGGUGGAUUACUUCUUAUUGUUGGAGUGACACAGCCUGCUGUUCGUUUGCAGCCGAUAGGCUAUUACUUUAUAGGUUGUUUCCCUUCACGAUAAACGUUACAAAUGUCGGCUCAAUCGGAUAUUACCUUAACAUUUGAACCCAAUACGGAUUGAAUCCAGCUGUAAAACCUAGAUUCAGGGCUGGAUUCAAUUGGUAUCACCCAGGAUUAUCUGUCAUAGCCUAGUUCGGUGAUAUAGAUUGAAUCCAGCCCUGAAUCUAGCCCUAAACCAGGGGUUAAAUUAAAAUAAAUAUUUGAUUAUGUUCCUAAGUGUGGAAAAAAUAUUUAGAGAAACCUCAUUUACAACUGAACAGCCAUAGAAUGUUGCAGUGUCAUGUAAAUGUAUCAUAAUACAGAAACCUAAAUCCCAACUCUAAAUGCAUGGCUCUAGAUAUGGCAGUUUUGGAUAUGACGCAAAAAAAUAUUGUGAUGUUUGUUCAACCCGUUUCCUGGGUUACAGGCAUUGGGUCAAUUAGUUGAUCUUUGUAAGGAAAACAGCCCAAGGUUGGGUUGUUAAUGCUGGGUUAUUGAUGUUGGGUGAUUGAGAUUUGACCCAGUGGGUGGGUUAAUUCUCCCACAAAAAUCAAUCAAUGAGGAUUGUUGCAGCUGUGUAGCAAGUCUACCAGACAGUGCAGCCUGUGCUGAAGAGUGGAAAUGCAAUGGGCAUGGUGUUGUGGCUGACCAAAAACUGUGAGUAAAAAGCUAGAUAGGCUAAGAUAGCUAAUUACUAAUUAUCCAUUCAGGUUAAAUAGACCUAGCUAUCAUAAUGACAUAUCUGUCGUUGACAAUUUUAGACAAUUUUAGCAAACAACCCCAUGCCUGCUAGCUUGAGCUUGAGCCAACAAGCUAUUUUCCUGUGUUGUGUGUGUGGUAGCAAAAAUCUUAGCCAGCUAGCCAAACUUUAACAAAAACCUAUGUCAGUAACUGUUGAAAGCUUGUUUUCUGUAAGCCUAAAAUUACUGUGUUGUGCAUUCUUUCACACCAAGUAGGUAGCUAAAUAUUGUAGCCUAACGUUAGACGAGUUAGUUACGUAUAGAUUUUACUAAGCUAGCUAGGCCUAUUCCCUGUUUGAGUUUAUUUAACAUGGUUGUAGCUAGUUGGCAAGCUUAUUAUUACUAAGGCUUUUAUGGUGGUUCAGUUUCUGUAUGUUAAAUUUUUUGCCUAAUUGUUUCUGAGUUAGCCAUAUGACGUCAUUUGUAAUCAAGGUAUGAUUCAUUCUGUGUAUAUGUAAUUCUGUGUGAUUAGUUAAGUAUUUAGUAAA